UCCCGUCGAACGCUAGAUUUCCAAGCGAAAACCCUCUCCCAUCUAAACCCUCUUCCUCCCUUCCCCACCUCUCCAGCGGAUCACUCGCCGCCGCCGGUGCCGCCGCCGCCGCCGUGAUGCUGUCCCUGUCGAGGGCUCUCGGGAGGCGGCUCUUCUCAUCCGCCGCGGCGGUGUCCGAGUCCGCCGCGGCCGCGUCGACGUCGGCGGUGAGGAAGGCGCAGAACCCUCUCGAGGAGUUCUUCGAGGUUGAGCGGAGCACCGAGGAGGACAAGCCCCGUCCCUACUACGGUCGUAGUUGGAAGGCUUCUGAAUUGCGCCUAAAAUCGUGGGAUGAUCUUCAGAAGCAUUGGUAUGUUCUUAUGAAGGAAAAGAACAUGCUUAUGACUCAGCGACAGAUGCUGCAUGCAGAGAACUUGCAUUUUCCAAAUCCAGAGCGUAUUUCCAAGCUAACUUGGAAAGCACUCUCAACCCCCUGCAGUGUUCUUGUUGAUGCGCCGUGGAUUUCUUCUCAUCACUGUGAAGAAAUCAAUGUGCCGGAUAAAGCAUGUCUUGACUGAGAGGGCCAUAGCUGAGCCAGACCCAAGGAGGUCAGCAGAAAUGAAGCGGAUGAUCAACACCCUCUGAUUCACUCACAUGCUUUCCUGUGGGACUAAGGUUGAAAGGCUAAGUAGCACUUAGAAAGAUUUGCUUCGUUGUGUUGUAUGUUUAUCCUAGAAGACGUGUAAGACCGAUCCUUUUUUAUGUCCGUGGUAUGCCUGCAACACGCCUUGUUGACAUUAACAUCUGGGUUCCAAUAAUUGAGCUUUUAUGUAAUGUGAUAUUGAUACGCAUUUCACAUUUGUGCCUCAUUUUUGCUGUCAAUGUGACUGCUCCCUUGAGCAGCA